UCUUCCUCUCUCUCUCUCUCUUCCUCUCUCUCUCUCUCUCUCUUUCUCUCCUCCCUGCCUCCUCCGUGCUGCUGAUCCGCGGGGUCUCGGUGCGCUCAGACGCGCUCGGCGUUCAGACUCGUAAGGACCCCGAUGGCCCCCAACCAGAGGGACUGCGCUAACCAGACGACCAGCCCAGGCUUCAAGCUCCCCUAGCGAAGGCAGGACCCCGAGAGCCUGCUCCUGGAAUACCGCAUUGUUUUAUAAUUUCCUACAAGGGAGAGAAAGGUGAUGAUGCUGAUGAUGCGCCCGCGAUGGUGGAUUUCCCUUUUGUGCGUCUGUGGAUUGAUGCACGUCGGUCACCAGAGCAUCCCUAAUGCCCAAAAUGGAGACGCCUUGUCGAGCUUGAAGGCUCUUCGUGAUGCGGGCAGGUUUGUCGGGAAGGAGGACACAGUGCCUCUCCGCCUGCUCUACAGCAAGCACAACCACAGCCAGAUCACACAGGACGAGCUCAGCACCAGGGUUAAAGGCAGCCCCGGCUCCACUCAGGUGAACCAUGUGGCCCAAGCAAGCUUUCAAGUUGAUGCUUUUGGCAGAAAAUUCAUCUUGGAUGUGGAACUGAAUCAUGAUCUGCUGUCUUCAGGGUACGUGGAGAGGCAUUUGUCAGAAAAAGGGAAGACUGUCGUCACCAAUGGAGGAGAGCACUGCUACUACCAGGGGAAGGUCAGAGACAUCCCUCACUCCUUUGUGGCUCUCUCAACCUGUCAUGGAUUGCAUGGGAUGUUUUUCGAUGGCAAUCACACCUACAUGAUUGAACCUGGAGGACAAGGCAGCAGCGAUGGAGAUGUCCGCAUUCACAUGAUCUACAAAUCUGCAGGGCAAGAGGGACUUAGUGAUUUCCUCAACGGUGAUGUUCCAGAGCCACCUUUUCCCAGCCCUCCCUUCCCCGGGUCAAAAAAUGUUCACAGGAGAAAAAAGAGACAGGCUCCACAUGUGUCACACAGUGUAGAAGAUGAGACGAAGUACAUUGAGUUGAUGGUGAUCAAUGACCAUUUAAUGUACAAGAAGCAUCGGCUUUCCGUUGGGCACACGAAUAACUAUGCUAAGUCAGUGGUCAAUAUGGCUGACAUGAUCUUCAAGGAACAGCUUAAUACCCGCAUUGUGCUAGUUGCCAUGGAAACGUGGUCAGCUGACAACAAGUUCAACAUCGACGACGACCCCAUGGUGACGCUGAGGGAGUUCAUGAAGUAUCGGAAAGACUUCAUCAAGGAGAAAUGUGACUCUGUUCACCUCUUCUCAGGGAAUCGUUUUCACAGCAGCUGGGGAGGAGCUUCCUAUAUGGGAGGAGUUUGCUCCCUGACUAAAGGAGGGGGAGUCAAUGAGUAUGGGAAAACCGAUGAAAUGGCCAUAACCCUCGCUCAGUCUCUUGGACAGAACAUUGGCAUCUUCUCUGACAAGAAGCGGAUCCUCAAUGGCGAGUGCAAGUGUGAUGAUCGUUGGUCGGGUUGCAUCAUGGAUGAUGUUGGUUUCUACCUGCCCAAGAGGUUCUCCGACUGCAACGUGGAGGAGUACCAUAACUUUCUAAACAGCGGUGGAGGGGCCUGUCUGUUCAACAAACCUCUGAAGCUGUUGGACCCUCCGGUGUGUGGAAAUGGCUUCGUGGAGCCAGGGGAGGAGUGUGACUGUGGCAGCCCAGCGGAGUGUGCCAAGGAGGGGGAGGCCUGCUGUGACAAGUGCACCCUCACCCAAGGCUCCAAGUGUAGCAACGGUCUCUGCUGCAACAGCUGCCAGAUGGAGUUCAUGGGAGUUGUGUGCAGAGAUGCUGUGAAUGACUGUGACAUCCCGGAAAACUGCACAGGAAACUCCAGCCAGUGUCCACCAAAUGUCCACAAGAUGGAUGGCUACACUUGUGAAAAAGACCAGGGUCGCUGUUUUAAUGGAAGGUGCAAAACCAAAGACAGACAGUGCAAAUACAUUUGGGGAGAGAAGGCAACAGCGGCCGACAAGUUCUGUUACGAGAAGUUAAACAUCGAAGGGACAGAGAAAGGAAACUGUGGGAAGGACAAGGACACCUGGAUCCAGUGUAACAAACAGGAUGUUCAUUGUGGGUACCUGCUGUGCUCCAACAUCUCACCUUCCCCGCGACUGGGAGAGCUGCAGGGAGGGCUGACCUCAUUCUCAGUGGCCCGACACAGUGCUUCUCUUGACUGCAGCGGUGCUCAUGUGCUGAUCGAUGGAGACACUGAUCUGGGAUACGUUGAGGAUGGGACGGCCUGCGGGACAGACCGCAUCUGUUUCAAUCACAAAUGUCUCCCCAUCCAACAGUUCAACUUCAGCACCUGCCCCGGGACCACAGACAAGAUCAUCUGCUCUGGACACGGGGUGUGCAGUAGUGAGCUGAAGUGUGUGUGUUACCUGGGCUGGGCAGGAGAUGACUGUAACUCCACUUCUCCUCUCAGUUAUCUUGUGGUGGGACCCACUGCCCCAGUUUCAGGUAUCACCAGCACCAACAUCAUCAUCGGGGCCAUCAUAGGCUCCAUCCUCUUCCUCGCCCUCAUACUGGCUGUUACAGCCUGGGGUUACAAGAGCUACAGGCAGAGACGCUAUGUUGAGUCUGAGGUUCACCGAAGAUUCUGCCGGCCAGUGCCCCCAGGUGACUAUGUAACAAAGCCUGGGGAUGCAGAUUCAUUUUACAGUGACAUGCCUCCGGGUGUCAGCACAAACUCCGGCUGCAGCUCCAAGAAGAGGUCAGCCUGCCUGUCGCACCUGCAGAUUUGCACCCUGUCCUUCACUGCCUCCAUCCCAUCCAUUUCUCAGAACAUCUUACUGUUUGGCUUCAGAUCUAAUGGCCUAUCCCACUCAUGGAGUGAGAGAAUCCCAGAUGCCAAACACAUCUCUGACAUCUGUGAAAAUGGGCGACCGAGAAGCAACUCAUGGCAAGGAAAUCUGAGUGGUAAUCGUAAGAAACUGAAAGGAAAGAAGUUCCGUGCUCGCUCUAACUCCACAGAGUAUUUAACCCCUCGCUUCAAAGCAGAGUUUUAUGAUGUAACUAAGUGGGUAGAAGAUGUGAAUAGAAACACUGAAGGACCUUACCUUAGGACGCUAUCCCCUGCCAAGUCUCCCACUUCCUCUACAGGAUCUAUUGCAUCCAGCAGGAGAUACCCGUACCCCAUGCCCCCUCUUCCCGAUGACCAGAGGAAAGCCAACAGGCAGAGUGCCAGGCUGUGGGAGACUUCAAUAUAACAGCCGUAUUACCCACUCUGCAAAAGACCUUAAGGAACUACACUUUUCUCUCCUUUUCUAUGAAUGAUAAACACAACAAUGAAACAAAUUUGACUCUAAGCAACUAAAGAGAAAAAGAGAGAGCCCCCCACUGGAGUCGGAAUAGGCAAAGGUGUGUGUGAGUAAGUGUGUACAAGCAUCUCCGAGGCUGUCUUGACAGACAGCGUCAUUCAGUGGUUCUCUACAAGACAAUGCGGAGUGCCGGCGGAGAAACCAUCUCCACAUCCACUCCAGACCAGCUGGAGCUCAGACUGAGCUGUUCCUGUCUGCUCAGGCCUCACCUAAGGGACUGGAAAUCCCCCCUCCCCCCCACCUGUCCUAAAACCUCAAACCUCGACACAUCCUCUUUAGCUCUGCUCUCAUCAUACUCCUCAAGUUCAACGCCACCACCCCCCACCCCGCCCAACAAGUUGUUUGGAGCUCCUUUCUAAAAGAGGAGCAGCGGAGCCAGGAGCAGGUCAUCGUAUCACACUGCAUCGCUGGAUUUGUUGGAUCAUUUUGACGCACGUGAAUCACUGUAGACUCUCCAACACUGUAUGCAUGAGACAACCCCGUUUAUCAGCAACCUCCUCCUACUGAAAAGACGAGAAGAACAGUUGUCCGAUCUGAAAGGAAAGCAUGCGAGGGGGCAGAGAUUUUAUACCUUCUGUAGGCUUAGACUCUUUCCCUCCACUAUAGGUAACCCAUAUUGUAUCACCAGUUAUAGCCCAUAACCCAUGACAGGGCCCCAACCUGACCCCACCCUGCUCCUCCUCCCCUCGGUUUGUUUGUGCGUGUGUAAAUAUGUACAGUCAAAUACACACAGAGUAUGUUUUUUGCUUUUAUUUUGAAAGAGAGCGACGUCUCUUCUCUCCUCUUCCUGUUGUGUUGUGUUGUAGACAGAAGCCGAUUUCUGUAGAUAAGUGUAGAGACCCCGCACUCGUUCUUCUGUCUGUUUCUAUUCUAUUUCGUCCUGUUUUUUUUCUUAUUUUUUUCCUCCCUCUGGCUUUUUUCCUGUGUGACUGUGACCUAUAUAGCUUUCUCCAUCCACAGCAGAAUGUAAAAGUGUUUUUAUAUUAUCUUGGCACUGGUUUCAUCCAUCUCUGGGAGAAAUGCACAGACAUCCAGUGAUGACUGAGGAAGUAUUGAUAAGGAUGUCGAUUGCGGCGCAUUACAUAUGUUGCUAAAGUGGCUGUCGAUGAGUAUUAUUUAGGAACAUUUAAAUAGUUUUACGUGCCAUUCCUGAGUGAAAUGAACGGGAUGUGUUUGGUGUAGUUAUAGAGAUGCCACUUUUCACUCUGUGGUUUUUUUGAAAUUUCCCCAUUGAUAAUAUUAAGAUGUAUUGAGUUUGCCCUGAUUCUACAUUUGGAUGUUUGAGACGAGAUGAACAUGAGAAUAAGAAGUCGAUAACGUGAGUGUGGUUGAUGACCCGGGAGAGAAUCUGGAAACUGUGAUUGAAAUGUGCAUUUUGGAUUUAGCUGUGAUGAUUGAGAUAUUUAGCCUUGUAAAUGAUUAAUUAUGCUGUACAGUGCUUGCUGUUUGAGCUUGUGAAGACCAACAGCAUGACAGUUCUAUAUCAAAUUAAGUUAUUUCUCUGGUAGGCUAUUUGUGAGACCAUAACGGGAAACGAGCAUGUCGCUGAAAGACCCCCCCCCCCCCAUUGCCUAUUUGCUGUUGUCUAAAUUGGGUUUUUGAACCACAGACUACACCGUUUGUGAGCACCGUCAGGACAAUUCAUGACAGGAAGUCACAGGUUUUAAAGGGGUUGAGAAUGGAGUUGACUGAUGCCAGUGUAGCUAUUUAAGGUGUAUUUUUUUGGAAACUAAUCCCAUAUCACUCCCCACAAAGCAAGUUCUUUGUACAGUUACAACUCAUUGUUCUACCUUGUGUAGAAAUUGUUGUCUUAAGGCGUCCUGUUUGUCAUUUUACUGUUUUUGUUCCAGUGUGGGCACUCAUUUGUAAUUCAUGUAUGCAUUAGGAUUGUAUAGGUAAUAUGAUCUUCACAAUAUUGGACUAAUAUUGCUAGUAUCUUUUUUAUUAAGUACCUUUGUAAUGUUCACUUUUUUCUCAGCAUUAUGUACAGCAACGAUUCAAACAGUAAUUAAGUGCAUUAUUGUAAUUAUGUGUGUUGAUGAGUUUGAAUGGAGACAUGUUGAGUUUUUUGAAAACACAUUUGUCCCGGGGCCAAAAGAAAGCGGUCGUUCCUCUGGCAUGUGCUAAUCUGUAUCAUAAAAGGUUCGGAUACAUAAUGUUGUAAGUGAGAUCUGUAUGGGCUCCUAAUUUGCCUUCUACCAGAGCUUUCUUCUUCGCCCUGGUCUUCUUCAAAAGUAUUAGUAAGUGUCUAGUGGCCCAGUCAUCUUCGUGGGCUACCCAAGGCUGUGGAGAGCGGUAUCUCAGAGCUCAAGUAAUAUUUGUAACAUCAUGAUACUGUGCAACAGCGAGACAUUUGUCCCUGUGUCAUGGACAUUGCACUGUACGACAUUCUGAGGAGACUCCGCUAAGGAUGGGACCCUGCAAGCUGCAGUGAUUUCUGUGAUUGUACAGCUGUCAAUUUUCCAAACAUAUCUGCUGUAUCUGCCUGCGCACAUGGUUGGACUGACAGAUCCUAACAGGACGACUCUGGCAAAACGCCCCCACAGAUGAGCUGUCUGUCUCUGUCUGGCCAGAGACUUGAAUGUAUUUGUGUACUGGAGCACACCAACCACCCAGUCUCAACCAUGUGGUCCCAUCCUGCCAGACACAUCAGCACUCUGCUGCAGGAACCUUGAAAACCCCACAUGUUCUAUUUCAAGUCUAAAUACUGCAGUUUCUGUCCUUUUUUCCCUUUUUUUUUUGCCUGUAUGCUGUACAGACUGAUGAUGCAAAAAUCAAUCCCCAUAUUUUUUUUUCCUCUUAAUCAUUCAGUAUUGUAAUAUAUUUAAUAUAAAAUAAAACUUUCAUCAACA